AUGGCGACUGACGUGACAUUUGACACUUCGAUGGGCUCCUUCACCGUCGAGCUCUACAACACCCAUGCGCCCAAGACAUGCAAGAACUUCGCGACCCUCGCGCAGCGCGGAUACUACAACAAUGUCAUCUUCCACCGCAUCAUCCCCAACUUCAUGGUUCAAACCGGUGAUCCUACCGGCACCGGCCGGGGAGGCAGCUCCAUCUACGGCGAGAAAUUCGAAGACGAAAUCCGUUCCGAUCUCAAACACACGGGCGCAGGGGUCUUGAGCAUGGCCAACAGCGGGCCCAAUACCAACGGCAGUCAAUUCUUUGUCACGCUCGCUCCGACGCCGUGGCUGGAUGGAAAACACACCAUCUUUGGUCGCGUCAAGAGUGGUAUGAGGGUCAUCCAACGUAUGGGGCUGGUGAAGACCAAUGGCGAAGAUAAGCCUAUGGACGAGGUGAAGAUCAUUCGGGCGCGGGUGGUGGAAGAGGGAGGCGAGGAGUGA